ACAUGCUCCCGGGGGCUGCUGCUCCACCCGAGCGAGGGAGGGUCCCCUCCUGGGCAAGCCUCGCCCAGCGGGAGUCUCUCAAGAGUCAGGACAAGCCAGCCCGGACUGGGCCGAGGGGGAAAGCGGCACGCCAGGAGGAGACAAAAGGCUCCCGGUGCAAAGCGCCUUUCUCGGGCAGAGGAGGAGAAGGUUGGCCGCAGAAGGGUUAAGGAAAGUGAACUGGGCUCCUAGAGAGGAAGGGGAUUUGGGGUGGAGGGCGGGUGGAAGCUGCGUCCUGCAGUCCAGAAUGACUAGAGAGCCGCUUCACUGCCCGCCCUCUCCGUGGACUCUUUGGUGACGGGCUGCGCCGGUGCUUCCCUUCGGGGAUCCGGCAUAAGAAGAUUCUCACCCUAGUUUGUCGGGCUGUUUUGUUUCACUAUGGGGGAGCUCUUCCGGAGUGAAGAAAUGACCCUUGCACAACUUUUCCUUCAGUCUGAAGCGGCAUACUGCUGUGUCAGUGAAUUGGGAGAACUUGGAAAGGUCCAGUUUCGGGAUCUAAACCCUGAUGUGAAUGUGUUCCAGCGUAAAUUUGUCAAUGAAGUCCGGAGGUGUGAAGAGAUGGACAGGAAACUUAGGUUUGUGGAAAAGGAGAUUAAAAAGGCUAAUAUUCCCAUCACAGACACUGGUGAGAAUCCAGAGGUGCCAUUUCCCCGAGACAUGAUUGAUUUGGAGGCAAACUUUGAGAAGAUUGAAAAUGAGCUCAAAGAGAUUAACACCAACCAGGAAGCCCUGAAAAGGAACUUCCUGGAGCUGACGGAAUUAAAGUUUAUACUGCGCAAAACUCAGCAGUUUUUUGAUGAGGCUGAAUUGCAUCAUCAGCAGAUGGCGGAUCCUGAGUUGUUGGAGGAAUCCUCAUCGCUGCUGGAGCCAAGUGAAAUGGGAAGAGGAGCCCCGCUGCGAUUAGGAUUUGUGGCUGGUGUGAUAAAUCGAGAGCGGAUCCCUACCUUUGAGCGGAUGCUGUGGAGGGUGUGUCGUGGAAAUGUCUUCUUGCGUCAGGCUGAAAUUGAAAACCCACUAGAGGACCCAGUGACGGGCGACUAUGUGCACAAGUCAGUCUUCAUUAUUUUCUUCCAAGGUGACCAGCUGAAAAACAGAGUCAAGAAGAUCUGUGAAGGAUUCCGGGCUUCUCUCUACCCCUGUCCAGAAACGCCACAGGAAAGGAAGGAAAUGGCUGCUGGAGUCAACACCAGGAUUGAUGACCUUCAGAUGGUGCUGAACCAAACAGAGGAUCAUCGGCAGAGGGUCCUUCAGGCUGCUGCAAAGAAUGUCCGAGUCUGGUUCAUAAAGGUGCGCAAGAUGAAGGCCAUCUACCACACUCUGAACCUCUGCAACAUAGAUGUGACCCAGAAAUGCCUCAUUGCAGAAGUCUGGUGUCCUGUUGCUGACCUUGACUCCAUCCAGUUCGCCCUCAGGCGUGGUACGGAGCACAGCGGAUCCACUGUCCCCUCCAUCCUCAAUAGGAUGCAGACCAACCAGACUCCACCCACAUACAAUAAGACAAACAAGUUCACUGCUGGGUUUCAAAACAUUGUAGAUGCCUAUGGCAUUGGAACCUACCGUGAGAUCAAUCCAGCUCCGUACACUAUCAUCACCUUCCCGUUUCUGUUUGCUGUGAUGUUUGGGGACCUUGGCCAUGGAAUUCUCAUGAUGGUGUUUGCUGUGUGGAUGGUGCUCCGGGAGAGCCGCAUUCUGUCACAGAAGAGUGACAAUGAGAUGUUCAACACCAUUUUCAACGGCCGGUAUAUCAUUCUCCUGAUGGGGUGUUUUUCCAUUUACACUGGCUUGAUCUAUAAUGACUGCUUCUCAAAGUCGCUCAAUAUGUUUGGUUCAUCCUGGAGCGUCCGACCGAUGUUCCAGAAAAGCAACUGGACAGAAGAGCUUCUCAAGGAAUAUCCCGUGCUUCAGCUAGAUCCUACCAUUGAGGGUGUCUUUGGUGGGGCAUACCCCUUUGGCAUAGAUCCGAUCUGGAAUAUUGCCACUAACAAACUGAACUUCCUCAACUCCUUCAAGAUGAAGAUGUCAGUCAUUCUGGGCAUCACCCACAUGCUCUUUGGUGUCACACUCAGUCUCCUCAAUCACAUCUACUUUAAGAAACCUCUGAACAUCUACCUUGGCUUUAUCCCUGAAAUAAUCUUCAUGUCAUCCCUGUUCGGCUAUCUGGUCAUCCUCAUUUUCUAUAAGUGGACAGCCUACGAUGCUAAGAUUUCCAAGAAUGCACCAAGCCUUCUUAUCCACUUCAUCAACAUGUUUCUUUUCUCCUAUGAUCCCAAUGACAAGAUGCUUUAUAAGGGACAGAAAGGUCUCCAGUGCUUCCUGGUAGUGGUGGCACUGCUGUGUGUGCCAUGGAUGUUGGUUGCCAAACCUUUGGUCCUUCGCCAGCAGUACCUGCGAAGAAAGCACUUGGGGACACUCAAUUUUGGUGGGAUCCGUGUUGGCAAUGGCCCAACUGAAGAAGAUGCGGAGAUAAUCCAGCAUGACCAGCUCUCAACCCAUUCAGAGGAGGGGGAAGAGUUUGACUUUGGCGAUACAGUUGUCCACCAGGCCAUCCAUACCAUUGAAUACUGCCUGGGAUGCAUUUCCAACACAGCUUCAUACCUUCGCCUCUGGGCACUUAGCCUGGCUCAUGCACAGCUCUCUGAGGUCCUAUGGACCAUGGUGAUCCACGUGGGGCUCAAUGUGAGGAGCUUGGCUGGCGGGCUCGUCUUGUUCUUUAUGUUUGCUGUGUUUGCCACCCUGACGGUGGCCAUCUUACUGGUCAUGGAGGGCCUCUCUGCUUUCCUGCAUGCCCUCCGCUUGCACUGGGUGGAAUUCCAGAACAAGUUCUACAUGGGUGCCGGGUUCAAGUUCCUCCCUUUCUCAUUUGACAGCAUCCGUGAUGGGAAAUUUGAUGAAUAAUCCUCUUCAGGCCUCUUGAUCAGAUGUGUGGCAGUAAAACCUUUUUCCCCUCUUGCAUGUGUGUGUGUGCUUGCCUGUGUGAUAAACCUGAAGUUGUGUAGUUCUCCUGUUGAGUAGCCACGAGCUGCUAAUGCAACAAUAGUUUUGCUUUUCUCUGAAAGCCUCACUCAAAGGAGAAAGGGAAUAAUAGGAAAUGGAUAGGAAUUUGGGGCUGCUGCUGUAAACAUUACCCUGUGAUCACAUGGACAGGUCCCGGGGUGAGGCUUUGGCCCCCAGGUUGCACAGACAGAGAAGAGCAUGGACCACCAUGGAGGAGCACAUCCUAACCAUCUGCAGCCCCCCUGUUAAUAGUGUGUUAGCUGCUCAGUUCUGUAGCUGAAAGUGCAUCUGCUGCAAUUUAUCCCAAGCCCCGGUUCAAAGGAACACAUUGAACCAGAAACUGAAGCAUCUGUGCUGUAUAAGCCUCUUCUGGCAACUUUGUGAAAGAGGGACUAUUAUUCAUCAGUCCAACCACACACACACACACACCUGACCUCUAAAACGGCACUCUGGACUUCUACAAGCCUCAGUUUAGUCCUGCGAAAAGGUGCAGUCCAACCUUUUCCCUGUCCACGGCAGACUUUCCUCUUCUACUGGCACUUCUGCUGUGCCUUGCCUCAGUUAAAUGGCUUAAAAGACAACACACGCAACUGGCAGCAGCAGAACAGGAGAGUUCCCCCUCAGCAUCUUCCACAUGUCCCAGGUUGAUCUCUGAGCAGAGCUUGAGCUGCUGUCUCUACACCCCACAAUUGCUCUUGCUCUUCCAGCUUGCAAACCACAUUUUGUCCCCAAAUUCCCUCUUCUGUGCCUCACCCUUCUGUGUGUGGGCAUGAGCCUCAAGGAAACUUGGACUGAACGCCAAUGAUUCCUUGGGAAAGGCGAUUCUUCCAGUAGCAUUACAACUUAAUAUUGAUGGAACUGUCCUUUGCUGAAUGAGAGCAGUCCAGGCAGUGAGCUUGCUUGUCCUGUUGUGGAGCCGACCUGUGCUUGGCUCCAUGCAAUUUGUUCAUAAGGAAACUUUGACUCACCCUGCCCGCAACUUUGAAUGGCUUGUUUUGUUCCACGGAAACUGAGGGUCUUUCACCUCCAGGAAGCUCUCCAGUCAUAUUGACAUCCAUUACUGGAUGGAAAGAAGAGGAAGAAGGGGAAAAAAGCUGUUGCCAUGGACAGCUCUUGCCACACCUCAUGUACAACUGAGGAUUUGAAAAAGCUGGAAGCAGCAGCAGCCCGUGUAUAUUUAGGGGUAGGCUUCCUUUGGAAAAUAGGAAUCUCCAGAGGGCAGAACCUGCUUUCCCUUUGUGCAGGCCUUGGCAUAGGAAAGAGGCCGGGCUUCAUGCGCCUCUGUGUGCUGAGUAUUUAUAGAAUUUGUUGUGUGUUUGUGUAACCCGAGUGUGCACUAUCCUAGAAGUGUCUCAGUAUGAGGCUUUGGGGCACUUCUGUCAAGCAUUAGAGGCAAGAACAUCAGAUUUGGUGCAACAACUUUAUGGAAAGGUGCUAAUCCAUUACUUGUUCUUGAGUAGAGACUGUGAAGUACCAGGUGCUGCUGUGUGUGUGUGGUUGAGAGCUAUAUAGAGCCGUCUGUUGUGUUUACCUGUUGCUGUUUGGACGAGUGUAGCGUGCAGUGAAGUUUUUUCCCUGCGGUCCUCAUCAGCCAGUCACUGUGUCUAUUAAACCAGUUAAUGUAA